AUGGGGAAAGGAGCCCGCGUUUUGCUGCUCGCCUUCCUGCUCUUCCUCACGCUGCAGUCGGCAGAGAUGAAGUCUUAUUUGGUCCUCUCGAAGGAUCCGCCCUCUGUACUAUCUCCUCUGAUGGCUGGACUUGCAAGCAACUACAAACCCUUGUAUAUCUUCGAUGAAAUCAACGCGAUCGGAGUGGAGAUGGACGAGAGUUCGAUAUCAGCCCUCCAAAAUCACCCCAGCGUGGCGCUUGCCAUCCCAGAUAGGCUUUACCAGGUGCACACGACGCAUUCGUGGGAGUUCCUUGGGCUCGAGACAUCAGGUGGCAAUGCGACCGACGGGUGGAAAGCAGCCAAGUUCGGUGAGGGGGUCAUCAUUGGCACUGUCGACACGGGUGUGUCGCCAACAUCUGAAAGUUUCCGGGACGACGGCUUGUCCGUCCCGCCGGCGUGGCGCGGAAAAUGCGACGCUGGCCAAGACACGACCUUCAGUUGCAACAAGAAGUUGAUCGGCGCCAGGUUCUUCAACGCGGGUGUCCAGAUGGAGGUACAGGGACUGAACCAGACGGACCUGAACUCGCCACGGGACUACGUCGGGCACGGCUCGCACACGCUGUCCACGGCGGGCGGCGGCUUCGUCGCGGGCGCCAGCGCCUUCGGCCGUGGGAUUGGCACCGCCAAGGGCGGCUCGCCGCGGGCGCGCGUGGCCUCGUACAAGGCGUGCUACGCCGCGUCGGGAUGCUCCAGCCUGGACGUCCUGGCGGCCAUGCUCGCGGCGGUCGCCGACGGCGUGCACGUGCUAUCGCUCUCCCUCGGCGGGCCGCCGUCGGACUACGUCGCGGACACCAUCGCGAUCGGCGCGUUCUACGCGGUCCAGAAGGGGGUCACGGUCGUCUGCUCCGCCGGCAACUCGGGCCCGGAGCCAGGCUCGGUGAGCAACCUGGCUCCCUGGAUCCUUACGGUCGCCGCAAGCACCAUGGACAGAGACUUUCCAGCUUACGUCACCUUCGGCAACAACACCAUAAAGGGACGAAGUCUAUCGAACGGCACUCAGCCAGCCCGCCAGAUGAUUAGCGGGGACAAGGCGAAUGCGGCAAACCAGUCUGCCGACAACUCGACGCUGUGCUUGGCCGGCACACUGGAUCCUGCAAAGGUGAGCGGCAAGAUAGUUGUGUGCACCAGAGGUGGGAACGGCAGGGUCGAGAAGGGGCUGGUGGUGAAGCAGGCCGGUGGCAUCGGCAUGGUCCUCUGCAACGAUGCCAGCAGCGGGAACGAAACGGUCGCGGACCCGCAUCUCAUUCCCGCGGUUCAUUGCUCCUACUCCAGCUGCAUCCACCUCUUCGAUUACCUCCAGUCUACCGAAUUUCCGGUGGGUGACAUCGCAGUAGAGAACGCGGAGCUUGGCGUGAAGCCAGCGCCGGUGGUUGCAGACUUCUCCUCUCGUGGACCAAACACCAUCACUCCUCAGAUCCUCAAGCCUGACAUCACGGCGCCAGGCGUCGACGUGAUCGCCGCGUACAGCGCGGAGGUUUCAGCAACUAGCCUACCUUUCGACGACCGCCGUGUCCCCUACAACAUAUUGUCCGGCACCUCCAUGGCGUGCCCGCAUGUGGCGGGCACCGCCGGUCUGAUCAAGGCGAAAUACCCGGACUGGAGCCCGGCGAUGAUCAAAUCGGCGAUCAUGACCACCGCAUCCACCGGAGCAAACGACAACAGCCAAAUUCAGGACCAAAGUGGCUUGCCUGCCACCCCAUUCAGCUACGGCUCGGGCCAUGCAAACCCUGCCCUAGCCUUGGACCCUGGCCUGGUGUACGACACUACGCUGGAAGACUACACCAACUUCCUAUGCUCCCUGAAGCCUACCCAGCCCCAGAACCUGCUCCCCAUCUCCGUCCCGGUCCCAACGCCGCUGCUUCCUUUGCUAUCCAUCCUCUUCGGCGCCAAUGCAAGCAACCCAUUCUUGUGCAGCAAGGCUCCGUCCUUCCGUCCCGAGAACCUCAACUACCCUUCCAUCUCCGCCGCUUGCCUCUCUGGCUCCGGCACCGCCACGGUGAAGCGCCGGGUGAAGAACGUGAGCCCAGCUUCCAGCACCUACACCGUCCGCGUCGUGCAGCCGAAUGCGGGGGUUAGGAUCACGGUGCGACCUAGCACGCUGAGCUUUCGUGAGAUCUACGAGGAGAAGAGUUUCACUGUGAGGCUGGAGGUCUAUGACGCCGCCGCGGCCUCCGACUAUGUGUUCGGCAGCAUUGAGUGGUCGGACGGGAACCAUCGCGUCCGGAGCUCAGUCGUGGCCACCACCAAGUGCGCGUAG